AUGAGGGAAGAUUCUGGAAGCCUGGUGCAUCUGUUCCUGGGAGGAGAGAGUCGGCCAGAAUCACAGAGCCCAGCGUACAGCGGCAGGGCCGAGUUUUUCACUGAAGAAAUCUCCAAAGGAAACUUCUCUCUGCUGCUUCGGAAUGUAACCACCGAAGACAAAGGGAUGUACAAGUGUGUCGUUCACACUGAACAAGAGUCUAGUGAAACAAGGGUGAAAUUAGAUACUGAGUGGCUGGUGGUGACUGGUGCAGACGUGCCUGUAUUUGCAUAUGCUGGUGAAGAUGUGAUUCUGAACUGCUCAGUGGACACCCAUGUUCCUCUCGGAGAGUUACAAGUAGAGUGGAUGAAGACAAAUGAAGAAAUCCAGGUGCUGCUGUUUAUGGAGGGGCGGUACAGACCGGAGUCACAGCCUGAGAGAUUCAGAGGGCAUGCUGAGUUCUUCAGUGAGGAGAUUCCCAAAGGCAACUUCUCAAUGAAACUGAGGGAUGUAAAAACUGAAGACAGAGGGGAAUUCAUGUGCACAGUCCAUACAUACAGAGAAUCAGUCAAUGCAACGGCUUGGCUACAAGAACAGGGUUUUUCCACCUUACAUUGGUGUGUCCUGGGUUUAACCAUGGCUGCUGCAGUUUUUGCAAUUUUAAGCUGCAUUCCUGCUAUUUGCUGCAUAAAUAAAGCCCAGAAGAAAGUUGAAAGCAAAGGGACUGUGUUGCUAUUUUGCCUUCAAGUCUCCGUUCCCUGCAUCUUGUUAUCCAUCGCCUUCGCCAUAUGGGGUAAAAUUGAGAGCUCUGUUGCAGAGGCCUAUGUUUGCAGUACUAUAAAUCUUGUGAGGAUCCUAGUGAUAUUUAAGGUGGCUCCAUAUGUACUUCCUGGAACAUGUUUCAAGAGACUCACAAACGUGGCACUGCCUUUGGACGCCUGUCUCGUUAGAACAGGGAUUAAUUCUGUUCUUCUCCAUUCCGUUUUGACAUACCAUGCCCAAGAUGUAGUAAGAAAACUAUUUUCCGAAUUCAUGUUUGCAGUUGUGGUAUUCUUCGAUUUAUCAGCAGUUUUUUCUUCAGGGAUAAUGUUUACUUCAGGGUAUCAAUAUCUAUACAACACCAUGUUCACGGAAAUAUUCUUACUGAUUUUCUCAGGUAGUGGAUUUGGUUUUACAGCAGUGUUUAUACUUUGGUUUAUUGUACUUGAUUUGCAAAAUUUGCUGGAUUAUUGGAAAUCAGAUCGGUCCAGCGUACGAUAUAAAUGUAAGUAUAACUUGCUAUAUUAUGGAGCAAUAUUGAGAUUGAUAAACGGCUGUUUUGAUUUUAUAAUUAGAAUAUUGAAUCCACACAGUUGA